CAUCAAUUCAUGUAAUUCAUGUAUUAGGCAUUUUAACCAUUUCAUAUAGAAUAAGAUCAACAAAGCUUCUAGAAAAAUAAACACACAGACACACACAUAUAUAUAAAAUGUUUCCCCCUUCUCUCUAUUUAUAUCAGUAGCAUGAUUACUUCAAUGGUAGACCCAUGUCUUCCCUGCAACUGAGAUCAACUACUACUACUCCUUCUUCUAAGAUGUUUGAUUCCCCGAGACUCGGCCGAGCCAAACUACCCAUCUUCUCCACCAUCUCCUUCGCUGCCAUUCUACUCAUCAUCAUAUUCGCCAACAGUUUGAUCUCCAAUCUCUCUCUCCACUCUGUUGCUCAUCACAACAACCAACAACAAAAACUCAAAUCAACCUCAACCCAUGAGCUUCUUUCCCUCAAAGAAGAGGUUGUUACAGAGCCACACAUUGAAACCCCAAGUUCCAAGAAAGAGUCAUCAGAGUUGGAGAUAUUCAAGAAAACAACCCUCACUACCCAAUUCCAUGGCAGAGUCACAGAGUUUCUUGAUGAUCAUUGUAGAGGUCAGUUCUUCAUGACAUGGAUUUCCCCUGCAAAAUCAUUCGGGCCUAGGGAGUUUCUUGCAUUGGAGAGUCUAUUCAAAGCCAACCCACGUGGGUGUUUGUUGAUUCUGUCAAGAACUAUGGACUCUGCUUUUGGGUUUAGGAUCUUGAAACCACUGCUCGAGCUGGGGUUCAGAGUUCUAGCAGUCAGGCCCAACUUGUCGUCUCUGUUCAAGAACACACCAGCUGAGUCAUGGUUUGAUGACAUCAAGACCGGUAACAAGGACCCCGGUGAAAUUCCCUUGGCUCAGAACCUGUCUAAUUUGAUCAGACUCGCGGUUCUGUAUAAGUAUGGAGGGGUUUAUUUAGACACUGAUUUCAUAGUUUUGAGGAAUUUCUCAGUUUUGAGAAAUUCACUCGGAGCACAAAGCGUCGAUGGAUCGGGUAAAUGGACAAGAUUGAACAAUGCAGUGCUUGUUUUUGAUAAGAAUCAUCCAAUUCUGUACAAGUUCAUGGAGGAAUUUGCUACCACUUUUGAUGGGAACAAAUGGGGGCACAAUGGACCCUACUUGGUUUCCAGAGUGGUUGAGAAGAUGGAAACAGAAGGACCUAAGGGUAAUUUCACUGUCUUGCCGCCCAUGGCGUUUUAUCCGGUGGAUUGGAUUAGGAUAGGAGGGCUUUUUGAAAAACCGACUAACCGGGCUCAUUCAAAAUGGAUCGAAGCCAAGUUGUUUCAGCUAACCUGGGCGAGUUAUGGGGUUCACCUGUGGAACAGAGAGAGUAGCAGAUUGAGAAUUGAAGAGGGAAGUAUCAUAGGGAGAUUGAUUUCAAGUCACUGUGUGAUUUGCAGGCCCAUAUACAGUUCUUAGACAUGCUUGCCCCUAAGCUGAAUGACAUAGCUUUUUCAGCUAUGAAGUGGGUAUUUUGAUUGCUGUGAAAUAGAAGAAUGGAUUCUUUGAUUCAGAUUGAAAAUUUGAGUUCAAUUUGGUACAAUAAGCUCCAGAAUCAAGGGCUUUGGAAUUGAAUUUCAAUCAAUUCCAAAAGAUUCUUUUGUUUUCCGUGUUGGUUUUUGUUUUGCUCUUACUCUUUUUCAGAUGUGAAUAGGAAAAUUGCUCCUGUGAUAAUCUCAUACAUGUAGCAAAAUGUAAUUGAUAUUCAAUGUUGUCAAUAAAUGUGCAUGUGAAAGUGUU